AGGGGAGUGUGCAAACAUUCAUGCGGAGACUGAAGUUCAGGAGUAAGCCCAGCCUGGUGAGCGUUCAUCACCGACCGUCUCUCUCCUGUUCAGUGGAAAUGCGAUAUGCUUAUUGGUGACCCGUCUCCGAUUGAGAACGUGCUGCGCAUUAUGAAGAACAGAAUAAGGUUCCUGUUUGUCAUCAUCUCAACUCUGCAGUUAAUGAGCACAGGUGACGAUUCUGUAGCGCACCAUGUGCAGGGGAUUGUGGGUGGAAGUGUGAAAAUGCGCUGUGAGCUGGAGCACCCACACAUCGUUAACAGAGUUUACUUCCAGAAGACAGUGGAUGGACAUGAAAUCUUCAUCAACGGGUUUUACCCCAGAGGUCCACUCACAGUGCCUGAAGAGUACAAAGAUCGCACCAUCGUCAACCAAACGGAACUCAGCAUGGAGAUGUCUGAGCUCUCUCCUAACGACGAGGGAGAGUACACCUGUAUCAUCUUUUUCAGUGGUGACUCUCCCAUCAAAAAAAAGUUUCACCUCACAGUUACAGCCAAUUACAGCGUUUCCAUCAUAACCAUCUGGGGUUGCGGCGGUGACCCAGCCGACCAUAACUGCGUGAUCGGAUGCUCGUCGUCAGGGGGAUAUCCUCGCAGCAGUGUAACCUGGGGUGCGGUCGGAGCUGACAUGAGCAACCUCCUGAUGAGAAAAGGGGUCCCUGUGUUUAGGCAGGACAGAGACUCGCUCCUUUGGAACGUGUCCCACGUUGUUAUACUGAACUGCAGAAGGAUGCUGAACACCUGGAUCACCUGCUCUGUUGGGGGAGUCGUGUCACAUGCUGUCAGUGUGUGUGACGAUCCUGUAGUGCACCAUGUGCAGGGGAUUGUGGGUGGAAGUGUGAAAAUGCGCUGUGAGCUGGAGCACCCACACAUCGUUAACAGAGUUUACUUCCAGAAGACAGUGGAUGGACAUGAAAUCUUCAUCAACGGGUUUUACCCCAGAGGUCCACUCACACUGCGUGAAGAGUACAAAGAUCGCACCAUCGUCAACCAAACGGAACUCAGCAUGGAGAUGUCUGAGCUCUCUCCUAACGACGAGGGAGAGUACACCUGUAUCAUCUUUUUCAGUGGUGACUCUCCCAUCAAAAAAAAGUUUCACCUCACAGUUACACGUACACACCCACACCCACACACACACACACACUUUAAAUCUGCCUAAAUGUUUGAGAUGUUCCCCCACCAAUAGUUAUUACAUAAAGAUUGGUUAUUUAAAUGACUUCCUGUCAGCAAAAGAACCAUCAUCUUCUGAAGACUAUGUCAUGAUAUGGAGGUUGAGACGGAUGCUAGUACAGAUUUUAAAGUUUAAUAAAGAACUAUACAUACAAAAAGACACUAUGACUUUGGGGCAAAACACUGUGGCAAAGACUAAACAUAAACCAAAGAACAAAGCGCAGUUACAAAGACAAAGAAAGACAGACGUGAGACAAGAGUGCAGUGCAAACUGUGGCUAUACAUAUAUAUAUAUAUAUAUAUAUAAGUGCUCAAUUAACAAGAACGUGAUUCAGGUGCAGGUGGUCAUGUGACUGUGAUGCAGUGGCUGCUGGGAACUGUAGUUCAGAGUUACUUCUUUGCUUACAUGACAGAACCCCCCCAAAGGCGCUUCUCCCGGAAUACGCCAAAAUACACUCCCUCCUUCUGGCGGUCCUGGCCCUCUGGGUCAGGGUCAUAAAUAUAUUAAAAAGUAAUAGACAUAAAUAAAUAGAAUAGAUGAAGAAAAGACAGAUCCGUUGGCAGGGUUCAUUAAAGGGGGACAUAUAGAAAAUGUUUUGUACUGUAUAUUGGGGGGACAGAUUGGUAUUUCCUCAACAUUGGAAGGGACACGACCCCCCAAAAGAAUGCAUGGUUAUGCCCAUGAUUAACAGGAACGUGAUUCAGGUGCAGGUGGUCAUGUGACUGUGAUGCAGUGGCUGCUGGGAACUGUAGUUCAGAGUUCCUUCUCUGCUUACAUGACAGACUAAGUCAUAGUAUGUUCUAUGGGGGGAAAAAACGUAUACAUAUGUACGCCAAUAUCAGCUUCUCCACAGUCUUUCAAAAGUUUUCUUGUGCAUUCGUCAUAAUGCAUUUGAUAAUGUCAUUAUGUAUAGCGGCUGGUGUGUGUGUGUGUGUCUAAAGUGUGUUUACGGUGUGUGUGAUUAACUCAUUUUUGGAAUUUUAACCCCCCCCAGUCUCCUGAAGAGCAAAGGAGACCCUGUGUUUACGCAGGACAGAGACUCGCUCCUUUGGAACGUGUCCCACGUUGUUACGCUGAACUGCAGACAGAUGCUGAACACCUGGAUCACCUGCUCUGUUGGGGGAGUCGUGUCACAUGCUGUCAGUAUCCACAUCUAGACUAUUUCUAAUUAAGAUUCGCUUACAUUUGUCUAAAAAAAAAGAGUAAAGUUUCACUGACAAUCAUACUUGUACAAGCAAUAUCUCAGCACACCUAUAUAGGUCUUCUUUUAUUCUCCCAAUUCCAAGGAAUAGAAAUUUGUAAAGGAUCAGUAUUUUAAAAAGUAAUUGCUAUGAAAUGUCAUGUAUAAAUGUAAACAUGUCUAAACAGCCAGAAGAGUUUCUUAAUAAAGAAAUUAAAGAUGUUGAAAUAUA